UGAUAGAAAGGCACAUAAAAAGUACUGUACUUAAAAAUGAUCGUUGUGUGCUGGCCCCAGUUCCUACCCGCUAUACACUAAGUACAAAUGUUAGAUUGCACUGACGUCAAAUCAGUAAAGCCUCAACUGAACAAAUACGCGAAGGAAUCGUGCAUAUAAAAGAAAACGUCGGUAACGUUGACGGUUCGGUUCAAUCCCUUCCACCAUGUCGCCCAAGAGCAUCCUCCUCCUCGUCGUGGUCGGCCUCUGCGCCGCGCAGAUGGCGUCCGCGGCUCCCCGCCACGAGCGCGGCAUCGCCGACCUCCUGGCCGCCGCCAAGGCCAAGCUCACCCAGGUCCUGAGGAACGCCGAGGACGCGGCGCGCUCCAGCGUGGAGACCGUCUUCAACCUGGUCAGCGAGGUGGAGGAGAAUGCCCUCAACAGGGGCACCGAGUACCUCGCGGCCCGCAACAUCAACGUCAACCUGACCACGGUCGCCGUCCUCCUCAAGGAGAACGUCAAGCUGUGCGCCAACGACACCGAGUUGAAGACCGAGGCCAAGGCUGUGGUGAAGGACGUGGCUAGCUGCGUCGUCAAGGACGUCGACACGCUCAUCGACCUCUCCAAGGAGGCCAAGGAACUGUGGAAGACCGCCAAGACCCUCCCCACCAUCAUGCAGAAGGUCGCCGAGCAGUGCAAGGCUCACGCAGACACUGACGUGAACGACGAUGCUCUGGCCGACAACUCGACCGCCGACGCCCUGGUCGCCAUCACCGCCGAGCUCGACCCCGAACACGACCUGACAGCCGACGCCAGCGCCAUCCUGAAGAGCGUCAGCCACCACCUGAGCAAGCGCGACCUGUGGGGAUUCAGCCGCAUCACCAAGUGCGUCCAGUCCGUGUACAGCCUGACCAAGACCGACCUCGUCAACAUCCCCGGUGACAUCAUCUCCAUCGCCGCCAAGGGCUACAGCGUGGCUCAGGGCGCGCAGACCGGCAUCCCCGCCUGCGUCGGCCAGAAGGUCGUCAAGAACCUGCCCGCCAUCUCCAAGAUCGCGGCCUCGCUCGGCACCUGCGUCGCCGUGGGCCUCGCCAACGAGGACGACAUCCAGGACAUGAUCGACGCCAACCCCCAGCUCGCCGGUCUCCAGAACCUCGCCGAGGUCGCCGAGAAGCUGAGCGCCCUGAAGAACGCCACCGCCAGCGAGGCCAUCAGUACCGUCAGCGAGAUCCUCGGUUGAACCGCCUGUUAAACGUUGCGUUUAUUGCUACACGCACAACGAAAAAUAAAUGUGGAUGAGCCCACGUUAAAGCAAA